AUGAGAGGAGCCAGGACCUUGCUUUCGAAAAAGGUUGAUGUGUACAGCUUACCAGAGCUAAGGUUUGCUGUUAAGAUCAACAAAACGGUAGGCACUGCCCCCCCCCUCAAGUUCAGGUUUAAGAUUAAUAGGAUGGGACCAUCUAGUGAGGCCGGGGAUAUCUUCAUAAUUCACAGCCACCUUGCUCGCCAAAUGAUUAGAAGAGAAGUUCCAAUCACAUGA